AACAGAUUAUAUUUUAUUAAAAAUCUCCAAAAAUGAACGUAAAAGAUCAAAGCUUUGAUGAUAAAGAGAGCCAGUCAUCUGUGAAAUCUAGCAACUUUGAGAUUAGUUCUGAUAAAGAAGAGCUGUUGGAGAAGGCGAGCAAGAAAUCAUUUACUCAUAAUGGAUCGAAAUUGCAAGAUGAAGAUGAGUAUUCGUAUAUUAAGGCAUUUUUAUGCAUGAUUGCAGCUACUAUUUGAUUAACUCUCCACCAUCUUUCAAUGAAGAUAAUCUAUGAGAGAACUCCUGAGAUCAAUGGAUUUGAUACAAUCUCGUUCUUUGGCUAUUUCACCUUUGUGUUUUAUUUUGGUUAUGGGCUAAUCACUGGAGUAGACAUGAAUCUCUUCAAUUAUGGACCACAAGUUGUCAAGAAGAUGGCAGGAAGGCUUACAUGAGGAGUACUCCUUGAUAUAUUUAUCAGUAAUGGGCUUAGAUUCAUAGCAAUUAGUAAAGGGAUUUUGAUUCUGUCAUUAAACCCUUUCUUCUGAGCUAUAGCAGCAGCAAUCUUUUUAAAAGAAAAGAUCACAACUAUCUCCAUCGGGUCCACAAUUGGAGCGUUUAUAGGGAUUUAUCUUUUAACAUUGAACCAGUCCGAUGAAGUUAAGGAAGACUCACAUGAAUUACUAGGAUACAUACUAACCCUUCUUUCGGCUAUUACUUGUGGAUUUGUUUUUGUGUUUCUCAGAGCAUUGAACAAUCACAAUCUCCCUUUAAUAAUAUCUCCUCUAUACUUAGGAAUAUCUACUUGAAUCCAGACUUUGCUCAUUUUUAUUUUUAAGAGAGAUUUAUUACAUUUUCACCUGUAUGACGCUGUAAACUUUGUAAUUCUAUGCUGCGUUGGCAUCACAGCUGUUGGAGUUCUGAUAACAAUGAAUGCUGCUAAUAAAUACUCACAAGCUUCAAAGAUGGCUCCGAUCACAUACCUAGAGAACGUGUUUACAGUUCUAGCAGAUAUCCUGAUAUUUCACUAUCAUUUCAUCAGAACUGAUGUGUUCGGAAUGAUUCUGAUCGUUGUCUGAUUAUGAAUUCCCAUGUUCUUCGAUAAGAAGCAAAAUAAAUAAUUUUGAACAAAAUCAUUCAAGUGUGACAA